UUAAUUUGCUUCGAAUUAUCCCCAAAAGCAGAAAAACGCUCUUGUUUGACUGUAAAACAAUAAUACAGCGGGUUACUGAACUGCAGAAAGUUAUAGUUAAACAAAAAUAAGCUGCAGUUGCUAUGGUAGCGAACUGUUUAAAUUUUGUAAACAAACUAAAAUGUCUACAUUACUGGAACAUCGAGCUUUUCUGCAACUAAAUUGCCUAUAUUUUUACUUCUUAACAAACUAAUAGAAUACUUUUAUAUUUCAGAUAGCUUCCACUUAUCAAUUUUUUGUUUGUCUAUCAAUUAAUUUAACUAAUAUAUUUCUCAAAUUCAGCAUAUGACAUGGCUAUUAAUAUUCAUUCCUUAUCCUGUCCUACUUAUAUGACUACCCAUGUUUGCAUUUGUACAGAGAAUUACAUCAUUGUUCCUUUAACUAAAAAUGGAAAUAUUUCAGUUUGGGAUUCUAACUAUCCCUUAGAAAAGCCUUCAAUAUUGCAUGGUCAUCACAAACUAGUGACAGCUUUGACAUUAUCCCAUUCUCCUUUAUCACAUUACUUGUGUUCUUGCUCAUGUGAUAACAUCAUUCUAUGGAAUUUACUUGAUAACGGGGGCAAUCCUAAGACAGGCAAAGUUCUUCAUUCAAACAUGGAGCAGCCUUUAUUUUCUGCCUUCAAUAAUACUAAUGAAAAGAUAGCUGUUUCAUUUACAAAUGAAUUGUGGAUAUAUGGUUUGAAAGAGAACUCAUGGGUUGCAUCCAUUGAAAAUGUCCAUUUCACUAAUUUUAAUUUUAUUUCGGAAGGAUUUAUGGGAAUUGAAGACAACUGUAUUAAGGUUUGGGAUAAUAUCACAAAUGAAAUUGCUUCUAAAGUUAGCUUAUCAAAUGGUUUUCCUACCUCAUUUAAUUACUUUAAACCAAACAGUAUUCUUGUGAUCGGUUCUACCUGUGGCAAUGUGACUGUAUAUGAAAAAAAUUGCAGACUUAUAAGAAGUCUUUCAAUUUGGAAGAUAAUAGCUCAAAAUCAAAGACACGAUGCUAAUGAAGAAGAUAUCUAUAAUGAACUCAGAAAUGAUAGUUUUCCUGUACAUGCUAUUCACGUGUUUCAAAUAAACAACAAAAACUAUACUUUUAACAAUCUACCUGAAGACAUGUAUCUUCUAGUUAUUUCGAGUACAUGCCUGUUCAUUUUCAACAUAAAUAACGAAGCGCUAUUGUAUUAUCUUAAUUUUAAUGAUGAGUUAUUAAAUUUGCAAGUUGGCUUAAUAAGAUCUGCAGCUAUUGAUCAAGAUUCCAAUAACCCUUUAGUUUAUAUAACCCUCAUUCCAGUCAUUGGGGAUUUUAUGUUUUUCAUGAAAAUAUUCUUAGAUAAGGCCAUUAUGUCUAACAUGAAUUCUGCAUCCAACUCUUCCAAUAAAAUGAAUGAUGAUUUUAUUGAAUGCCACCUUUCAUUUCUAAGCAAGACUGAUUGUGGUAAUCAGAAAUCUUUGCUCAAUCAUAACACUCCAAGCAUCAAGAAAAUUAACAAUAUAAAAAAGAAUCCAUCUGCUUUAAAUCGACCUGUAACAUUUCAUUCAAAUAUCAGAUCAUCAGGAUAUGGAAAAUUACAUAAAACUGUGAAGUUAUUUCAACCACAACUGUCCAAAGUGAGUAAGAGUAAAUCUUUGAGCUGCUUAACUCCAAGAUCAUGUGGAUCAAUAUCAGAUAUUAAAGAAAGUUUUUAUAAUGAAAAUAAAGAAAUAAGCUACACCAACUUGAAACAGCUAGAUAAAAUUGAAUCACUAGAAAUGCCUACUCUUUCUUACCUUCAAGCAACAGUUGAUGGGAUGCAUGCUGCCUGCCCAGCUAAAGAAGGUUAUAUAAAUAUUUUCAAAGUUAUGAAAAAGACUAUGAAGCUGCACCACACAACCAGUUGUCAUUCUGGAGAAAUUAACAGUGGAAAAUGGAGUCACUCUGGGAGACUAAUAAUUACCAGUGGAAAUGAUAAAACAGUAAAACUGUGGGAUUUUGAAAAAUAUAAACAAGUUCCUUUGCUAGUCAUAGGUCAGGGGAAAAAUUCUCUUUCUACAAAGCAAAGGUUUUGUUUUGAAGAAGAUGUUAUGGAUGCUCAAUUCUAUUAUCUUGAUCGCUUCCUUUUAGCUGCCUCUGGAAAUAAACUGCAUUUAUUUGAUUAUGAAAUAGAUAUACAAAAAACUGGUAUAAAAAGUAUUGUCAACAAAAGCACCCUGAAGUUGUUGAAAAAAAUACCUCUGGAAUCAAAGCAGAUCACUUCAUUUGCUGCUGUAAAUCAAUAUUUUUCUAAUCUAGUUCUGAGUGCAGGAACAUCUAAAUGCAUAGACGUCUUGGAUAUGACUGUUGGAAAAGUUGUUUGGCAUUCAGAAGCUGCAGGUUCUAAACCUCCUCAUGUAAUUGCAAUUAAUGAGGGCUCACCUUUUAUUACUCAAGAAUUGCAAAAUUAUGACUUAUUUUUGACAUCAGCUUUAAUUGAUGGCAUAAAAUUGUGGGAUUUAAGAACAAAACAGUCAGUUCUCAGCUACAAAGAACACAAAUGCCGUGUAUUUCCAUGCACAGCUUCUUUUUCUCCUUGUGGAAAAUACAUUGCAACAGGAAGUGAAGACAAAUCAGUAUACAUCUAUGAUUUACGUCAACUAAGUUAUGUAGAAAAAAUAAGUGAGCCUCAAGUUGAUGUCUUCACAAGUGCAGUUUUUACUCCUAAAUCGCAGCUAAUUCUUUCUACUGGGAAUGGGUCAGUGUACCUGUAUGGAAAAGUUGAAUAAACUGUUGGAUCCUUAUAUUUUGUGCUAAAAUCAAUAAAAUAAAUUUGUAUAUACAGUUGUAAAAAUUGCAUUUUAAAAUAUUAAUAAAAUUAAUAUAAAAUGUCAA